UGCACUUUUGGUACUCUGUCUUUGUAUAACAAUCCCACCUCUCUCUCUCUCUCUCUCUCUCUCUCAGAUUUCUCUCUCUUGCUCAAAUUCUGGGUUGUCCGAGAUUUCGAGGCAGGCAUACAGACAACAUCAACCAUGAUUCAAAAGACAAUACGCUUUCAUAAGUUGGUUCGGUCUCUUGGAGUGGGUUCUUCUUUAUCUCCAUCAUUCAAGAAUCUUGGAGUUUACUGUUGCUUCGGAUCUGUAGCUAAAUCGAAUGCAGAACAAGCAUGUGAUCCAUUUGAAUACAGCUAUGAUCUUGAUAAGCAUGAGUAUGCUGAUGUAGAUUGGGACAAUCUCGGAUUUGGUUUAGUGCGAACUGAUUACAUGUACAUUAUCAAAACUUCCAACGACGGGAAAUUUGAAGAAGGCCAACUUAGUCGUUAUGGAAAUAUCGAACUUAACCCUGCUGCAGCAGUUUUAAAUUAUGGACAGGCAAUAUAUGAAGGCACAAAAGCAUACAGGAAGAGAGAUGGGAAACUCCUCCUCUUUCGUCUAGACCAGAAUGCGAUGCGGAUGAAGAUUAGCGCGGAAAGAAUGUGCAUGCCUUCACUGUCAGUUGAUCAAUUCAUUGAUGCUGUAAAGCAAACAGCUCAAGCAAACAAGUGUUGGGUUCCUCCUCCAGGCAAAGGGUCUUUGUAUAUUAGGCCUCUACUUAUAGGAAGUGGCCCCAUAUUAGGCUUGGCACCAUCACCUGAGUACACAUUCCUUGUAUAUGCUUCCCCGGUCAGAAAUUAUUUCAAGGAGGGCUCUGCACCCUUGAACGUAUUUGUCGAGGAGGAGUAUGAUCGUGCCUCUCGUGGCGGAGCUGGAGGUGUCAAAAGCAGUACCAAUUAUGCCCCGGUUUUGAAGGCACUAACCAGAGCAAAAAGCAGGGGAUUUUCGGAUGUUCUAUAUCUCGAUUCGGUACACAAGAAAAAUCUGGAGGAGGUCUCUUCUUGCAACAUUUUUAUUGUGAAAGGCAAUAUAAUUUCAACUCCUGCCACGUCGGGGACUAUUCUUUCGGGAGUUACUCGAAAAAGCGUUAUUGAAAUAGCUCGUGAUCAUGGUUACCAGGUCGAGGAACGUGUUAUUCCGGUGGACGAAUUGAGUGAAGCCGAUGAAGUGUUCUGCACUGGAACUGCUGUUGGUGUUGCUCCAGUGGGCAGCAUUACUUACAAAGGCCAAAGGAUGGAGUACAAAACGGGUGCUGAGACUGUAUGUCCACAACUUUACUCAACCCUAGUAGGAAUUCAAACGGGACAGAUUGAGGAUAAGAAAGGCUGGAUUAUGGAAAUCGACUGAGCUCUUUUUUACCCACCACAACAUUUCAGAUUAAAAACUACUGUGGAUCCGUUGUAAAAAGAAAAAAUUGCUGUCAUGAUCCACACUUUGCCAAUUGUACAGACUGCAGAACUCUUUUUUUUUUGGUUUGCCAGUUUAUCAGUUUUUUGUGUUCAAUUUAUCUUAGAUUAUCAUCUCAAAAUUUUUUUCUUUUUGAUUAUUCAUUAAUGCUGCCACAUAUUAUAAUGCUGCCACAUGGUAUUAUCAAUUUAUAUAGAGA